AUGGGAAAGCUUGUUGGUCUUUUCAAGGACUUAUUGUGUGAAAAACAUUGCGGUGAAAACUCGGAUGAGUUUCCACUUCCACACAGCACCUCUCAGCCAGGGUAUUUACGAGGCUGGAAACAGGUGCUGCUACGACGUUUUUUCAACAUUCUCCUGAGGAUCAUGUGCCUUGACGGUUCUCGAAUAUUUCACCACAUGGCCCUUGUAUAUUGGACACGUUUCAAGCAAUCAGGUGAACGGGAAAAGCUCGACUCGUCCAUCAAUUACGAUCGUGUUGCUCUGGAUCUUCGUCCUAAAGGACAUCCCUAUCGAUCCGAUGCACUCUGCAACCUUGCUAUUUCUCUUCGUGUGCGAUACAAGCAAUGGGGCCAAACGGAAGACCUAGAAGAAGCCAUCAACCUCGAGCGAGCCGCCCUGGUACUGCGCCCCGUGGGCCAUGCCGAUCGUCCUACCUCUUUGAACAACCUUGCAGUCUCACUGCACACUCGAUUUGAUGAGAAUGGAAGGACAGAAGACCUCGAAGAGGCAAUCAACUUGAACCGAGCCGCCCUAGAGCUCCGACCUGAAGGCCAUCCUGGUCGUUUUAUGUCUCUGGGCAAUCUUGCGAGUUCCCUACACACCCGGUUUUCGCAAUGUGGAAGAAACGAGGACCUUGAGGAUGCAGUGAGGCUGUUCCGGGGUGCCAUAGAACUGUGUCCCGAGAGUCACCCUGGUCGUUCUACGACCCUCAGCAUGCUCGCAUAUUCGCUACACACCCGAUUCUCGCAGCACGGGGCGAUUAGUGACCUUGAGGAGUCCGUAGAAUUAGAGCGAGCAGCCUUAGAACUUCGCAUCAAGGGUCAUUCUGAUCGAUCUAUGUCUCUGAAUAAUCUUUCGGUUUUCCUAGACACUCGAUUCUCGCAAUUUAGAAGGCUAGAGGAUCUUGAAGAGGCUAUCGAGUUGAAGCGAGCUGCCCUGGAACUCCUCCCAGAAGGCCAUCCUCUUACUUCUAUGUGUCUGAACAACCUUGCUGAUUCCCUGCACUCCCAGUAUCAGCAGCGUGGAGCGAUUAAGGACCUUGAGGAAGCAAUCGAACUGAACCGAACUGCUCUCAAGCUUCGCCCCGCGGGUCACCCUGAUCGUUUUAUGUCUUUAGGAAACCUUGCGUAUUCCCUGCAUACUCGAUUCUCGCAGUUCGGAAAGACUGAAGACCUUGAGGAGGCCAUCGUGCUAGAGCGAGCGACCGUGGAUCUUUGCCCCGAAGGUCAUCUCCAUCGAUGUACAUCUCUGAGCAACCUUGCAGCUUUCCUGCAGACUCGAUUCAUGCACAAUGGAAGGACAGAGGACCUCAAUGAAGCUGUUGAGUUGCACCGAGCCACCCUGGAACUGCGACCAAAAGGCCAUCCUGAUCGUUUUAUGUCGCUGGAUAAUCUUGCACAUUCUUUGCACACUCGAUUCUUCCAAUAUGAAAGGGUCGAAGACCUCCAUGAGGUUAUUGAAUUGGAGCGAGCCGCCCUGGAGGUCUGCCCCAAAGACCAUAUUCUUCGGUCUCUAUCUCUGAACAACAUUGCAGAUUCUCUACACACUCGAUACUUGCAGCACAGAAAGACCGAGGACCUCGAGGAGGCAAUCGAGUUGAACCGAUCCGCCUUCGAGCUUUACCCCGAAGACCAUUCCGAUCGUUCUUUGUCUCUAAGCAAUCUUGCAAAUACCCUGCGCACUCGAUUCGAGGAAAAAGGAGAGGUUGGGGAUAUUGAGGAGACAGUUCGACUGGACCGAGCCGCCUUGGAGCUCCGCCCGGAAGGCCAUACUCUUCGUUCCGCUUCACUAGAAAACCUCGCGAAUUCCUUAUAUGCUAAAACUAAGCGACAAUGGCGCACGGAGGACUUCGAGGAAUGGCUUGCAAGAACGCACGAUCAUGGGACUGGAUUCGCGGCAUACAAAGCAAUAAUGUCAUUGCUUCAACUUGCUCUCACCAUGAAUCCAACUCUGCGUGGACAACACGACCUCCUUCUCAGAAUCAGCGACUACAGAAUGCUCGCAUUGGAGGCGGCCUCCUACGCAAUAGAGAAAGAUAACUUGGAAAACACUGUUGAGAUUCUUGAGCAAGGCAGGGGCUUGCUCUGGGCGCAGUUGCGCGGUUUUAGGACUCCUCUGGAUCGACUUGCUGAAACAAAUGAAGAACUAGUCGACAGAUUCAGGAGAGUUAGUCGUCAAUUGGAGAACCUUGCAACGUCGCACGAAGCAUCAACGUUUGGAUCAACCAUGAGUAGAAGAGGGUCCCUUGCCCCGGACAUGCAAACUGUACUGAAGUCAUUUGACGAGCAGCUGAAGUUAAAGAGACAACUCUCAGAUGAACAAGAAGGGAUUAUCGGUAAAAUUCGACGAGUUCCAGGGUUCGAGAGUUUCCUUGCUACGACGCCAUUUGAAGAACUGAAGCGCGCGGCUUCAGAGGGUCCGGUUAUCAUAGUCAACCACUCUAAAUAUCGUUCCGAUGCCCUCAUUAUCCACUCCAGCGAUAACCCAACGGUUACUUGUAUUCCGAUAGAUGAGAAGUUCUACGAGGAAAGCAUUGCUUUGUGCGAUGAGCUCGUAGAAACACGCCGCCGACUUAGUCCUGAUUCGCUGGAAUAUGACGAGAAGCUCCGCGAAGCAAUGAAGACGCUAUGGUACAGAGUCGCCUCCAAAGUCGUCGUCAAACUGAAGGAGCUCGGGAUUGCCGAAGGAAGUCGUAUUUGGUGGUGUCCGACUUCGAUGUUGUCUGUCCUGCCUUUCCACGCCGCGGGACCAUUUGAGGAUGGUGUGGCACUGAGAUACUUAUGUGAUUAUUAUGUCUCCUCGUAUACUCCGACACUCGGAGCCCUCAUCAACGCGCGAAUAGGCGGUCACGAAGACGAACCAACAGUGCUUGUCAUCGGAGACGUCUCACUCCGGUCAGCUAAGCAGGAGAUUUCGAAUAUCCGAAAUUGUGGGGUGAGCACCAAGUUGCUUGUCAACAAGACAGUGUCUCGUGAGGCAGUGAUCAGAGCGCUCCAGGAAACGACAUGGGUUCACUUUGUUUGCCAUGGGCAUCUAGACGCGGUGCCCUUCAAUUCUUCGUUCAACCUGUCUGGAGGCGAGCUAACAUUACUCGAUAUCGUCCAAGCUAAUCUCCCGACUGCGGAAUUUGCAUUUCUCUCCGCCUGCCAUACUGCCGAACAACCCCACGACGACGCGCACGAUGAGGUCCUUCACCUCGCCGCGGCAAUGCAAUUUUCCGGUUUUCGGAGUGUGAUUGGUUCGAUGUGGGAACUUCUUGACGAGGAUGGACCUGCAUUUGCGAGGACUGUUUAUGAGUACAUGAACGACUGCGAAGAGGGUGAAGUGAAGUACAAAAGGGCGGCUGAGGGACUUCGGAAAGCGGCUCUCAACUUGAAAUCGCGGAACGGGAUUCGGGCCGAGCGAUGGGUCAAUCUCGUGCAUAUAGGUGCAUGA